CCAGUUGAGGAUCCGUAGUGCCAUACUGUUAACCUCGUGGUUUGCCGUAGAAAUCUCAAGGUAACGUUAAUAUCAAAGACCCUCUGCUUGCUCGGUUAAUACUGAUUUAGUAUCGCCACCAAACUAAAAGAAUAAUUUAGUAUCAAAUAAAAUGAGCGGAAAGAAAGCAGAUGGGCAAUCGGGUGGUGUGAUGGGCUGGAUAAGCUCAGCUUGCCGUUUUGCAGCGGACAGAAAUGACUUCAGAAGGAAUCUCCUUGUAAACCUGGGUUUAUUUGCAGCGGGUGUUUGGGUCGCAAGAAACCUCUCAGAUUUCGACUUAAUGUCUCCUCAGCCAGUCACGUAACUCCCCAACAACAACAAAAAAAGGACUUGCAGGUGGUGCUGAAAUGGAAGAACAGACCUUUUCUACAGUGGGUCUUGUUGAACAAGCCCAUUCGACACUUAAGGGAAUAAAUAAUAUCCCAGCAAUUGUAUGAUUACAAUUGUAGAUUUCUUGUGUAGAAAUAAAGCUCAUGUUGAAACAGUU